AUGGCCGAGUCCGAACAAAAGAAACCUCUUAAGGAGCGUAUUGCUGAUAAGAUCGUGCCGAACAGCGAAGCCAGAACCGGCUCGGGCAUGACGGAUGGCGUCGGUCACGGCAAUAAGACCAGUGAUGGGUAUCGGAAAGAUUCCAUUCGAGGAAAAGCCAUGGAAGGCAUUGGGAGCGUGGUCAACCAUGAAGGGCUGCAGUCCAAAGGACAGGAUUUGCGGAGGCAAAGUGGUUGGGAGGGAUGA